UCUGCCGCUGAGAGGCAGCAGCAGUAGCAGCAGCAGCGCAUCUCAUCUUCUGCGUUGUUGCUUAUUUGAGGAGCAGUGGACCACCAGCAGCAGCACCAGCAGCAGCAGCAGCAGCAGCAGCAGCAGCAGCAGCAGCAGCAGCAGCAAGAUGGCGGAUGCGGAGGUUCCUUUUGAGGAGGAGACUGGGGUGUCUGGGGAGGGAGUUGAGGGUGCAGGAUCUGGUGCUGAGGACGGCGGGGAGUCUCCGGAGGAAGCAGCAGCAGAAGAAGCAGCAGCAGAAGAAGAAGCAGCAGAAGCAGCAGCAGAAGCAGAAGAAGAAGCAGAAGAUGAGGAGAACGAAGCAGCAGCAGUAGAAGAAGCGUUAGGAGCUCCUCCUGUCCCUUCUGCUUUGGGUGUAUCUCUAGGGGACGGCCCUGAGCUGGCUGAAGCAGCAGAAGUUGUUGUCGUAGCUACGAGUCUUCAUUCAAUUAAGAGACAGUUCUUCAGCAGCAAACGCGUGCAAAACUUCUUAGACUGCAAAGGCAUCGUCUACUUCCUCAUAGACCGCAACAGAGAUGUCUCUUCAGCCAAGACUAUCCACUCAUUUCUGUUUGUUUGUCUGUCUCUUUAA